AUGUACUACUUCUUUCAACAACCAAGUGUUCAUUUUACUAUUGAAUUUGCACCACCACAGAGAUACAAUAACUUUUGGUACAACGGUUUAGGUUCCCAAAUCCAACAAAAUCAAUUUUAUCAAAUGCCACAUCACUUUAAUUCUUUUAAUUCAUAUAGGGCACAAAUUGGUUUAGGAAACCAAAGGGACGAUGAGAUAAAACACAAACAUCAUAUUUUCCCUCGACAAUUCAAAGAAUGGUUUUCUCAAAAAGGUAUAAAUAUAGACGAUCACUGUAUUUUAGUAACUAGAUACGAUCAUUUUAAUCUUAUACAUGGAAGAGGUGGAUGGAAUUUAAAAUGGGGGAUAUUUAUAAUGAAGAUGAUUCUUAAUGAUAUUAAGUCAUCAGUUUAUUGUGUUUGUGAAGAUAAUUAA